AUAUAUGUUAGUAACGAUAGGCACAUUUAGACUAAUGUUUAUGUAUCUGUGUGCGACGUUUUACGAAGGACAUCUAGUUCUUGCUAAUUAACUCGUUUUUGUGUCUACAUAUGUAUAUGUAAAUUAAUUUUGUACAAAUACACAUACACAUGUAUUAAAGUACCUCAUACAUAAACAUGGGGCUUUGCUCAUAUCAGGUAAAACUUUCCAGUAUAGGUUUGCUAAAUGAGUUGAAAUUAUUUUUGAAACUGGUUUUUAUGGAUUUCACGAUAAAAUUGAUUCUAUGUUCAAUAUUGACUGUAUGUAUAUACGAUUUCUAAUUCGUUUUUGCUGUACAAGCUAGUGAUUCAAAACGAGGAAUUUUUAAAGUUUCGGUAGCAUAAAAAAAAAUUGAUCAUGUAACAACACCGAAGUUGACUUUUGUAUUUAUAUGGGUGUAAAAUUUGCGCAUUUGGUAACCUUUUGUCGUAAAAGUUAGUCAAACGCUGGUGCAUUUGGGUCAUUCUGUAUAUCGAAUUGCGACAGGAUUGUCAUGCGCGAUGCAUGAGACGCGAGCAUACAUUCGGUCAAUUCGGGGGUGCAGGAUGCUGUUAAUAGUGGAAAAUGUAAACUGUUCAACAUUUUUUUUGUUUUACUGAACAAUAAAAUGGAUCGAAGAUACGUAACGCCCUGAUAUAAUCAAAUUUGAGAGUAGACAAGAAAAAAAAAAUGAAAUUUUACGGAAAGUACUGAAAUUCUCGUGCUAUAUACCGGUUCGGAAAAAUUUUCAAUAUGUCCUCUGAUGUGAACUCCGUCAUUGAUGCGUCUCCUUUCCAGUGUUGCCGAUUGAUAUUAAACAGAUAAAGUGUUUUAUUCGGUGUGAUGUGGAAAAGGUAUUAAAAGAAAUCGAGUAUUCUUGAGCAAGACGUGGCAACGCUGGUAGAAUGUGUGUUAUAUGCGCAGUAGCGCCCGGAUUGGUCCAUCGUGUACCUACUAUCUCCCACUACUUUCGCGUCGCUACUGUUCGCCAGCUCGUCGCUUUCUUUCGUAGUCUGCAUUCGUAGUUUGACCCGUGAUCGUGUUGUUGAUUGGUUAAGUGGUGCACCGUCACCACUGCUAACUGCACACACGCUGGCAGACGAACCAAAUAACAACGGCCGGUAAAGUUGUCUCAUAUUCGUAACGCUUGAAAGCCAUAGCUUUGUAACUCUUGACGAAUUUGCUAUUGUCUGGGACGAAACGUAGCAUUGAAACAUUAGAUGUAUACGUGUUUAAAAUGAUGUAACGAUGAAUAACGUGCAAUCGAGCUUGGCUAGCAGCGGCAGUAGUAGUUCCAUCGGUAACUGCGGUGGUGUAGAACAUCAGCAAGAUGUGGCUGCUUCCGCAAGUACAGCCGGCGAGAGCAACCUGUACUGCCACUUCCGUGUCGCUGACGCAAAACUCUCCGCCGUAGCUAUUGUGAAUAUCGACUCGGAAAACUACAUGUUGCGUGGCAUAAGCUCCUCCGGCCCAUCGGAGCGAAGGCCUCGAGCUUUUAACCCUAACAAGCAGCAACCGGCCACCACGUCUACGGCACCCGAUGUCGAGCUGGACGGCUUUGCGGUGCGCGAAACCACCAGCUCUCUUGCUACUGCUACUACUUCCGAUGUCGCCAUGAAUAACAACAAUAGCAUUAACAAUAAUUCGCCAGAAAAUGGUAGUUCUUGCGCUCGUACUCUGUCGUUCCAUACGCUCUUGUGCUCCUGUCAGAUGUCUUGUUGCUGCAUGUGCGGUUCCUUCUGCUCUCCAGAUUGCCAUGCCUGUUUCCAUAAGAUCUGCUUCCGGUUUGCACACAAAUACGUCUGCCAGAAGAACAACGACGUACUACCACCGGUUACCCUGGACUACGACAAGCCGGUAACGGAAUGGUCUUCAUCCCAUGUAAUUGAAUGGAUGGCUGCUCUAAAUCUUUACCCUUACGCCGAUGUUUUUCGCUGUAAAGACAUAAAAGGUUCUGAUCUUUAUCAUUUGGAUAAAGAGAAGCUCAUGAACAUGGGCAUAAAAGAUGAAUUUCAUCAGAAGGCCAUUUUGAGCUGCGUUAGUGAACUUUUAAAGCAACAAGAAGACAACAUGACCAGCGAGCAGUUUAAUAAUUCUAGUGAGCAACAACUCUAUUCCCACAAUCUAACACAACAUAGCUUCAGUACUUUGGAACGUUGUGAAAAAUGCAACAAAUAUUUGCGUGGCCUUCUUCAUCAGGGAUUCAUUUGUCAAGAUUGCGGCCUUGUUGCGCAUCGAACUUGUGCAGCUAAUGGUUUGCCAACGUGUUUACCUCCAGUAGAAGAUAGGUCUUUAGGAAUACAAUUUAAAUCUAUUUUUGGGCAAGGACUUUGUACACUGUUUAAUACUACCGAAUCUUCAGCUCCAGAUAUAGUCGUGAAGUGUACGCAGCAACUAGAGACAUUCGCCAAACAAAAUAAUACGUUAGAGCUAUACAAUAUCUACUGUGCAACUCCACCGGCAGAUCAAAUGAACGACUUAGUGCAAAAAUUAAAUAACACACUUAACGUUGACUUUGCAGAAUAUAGUCCUGUUUGCAUUACCGGAGUUCUAAAGAAAUUUUUACGCGAAUUGCCUGAUCCUGUGAUACCUGUCCAGUGGUAUGACAGAUUUUUGGAAGCAUCCAUUUCGUUACAGCCGGUAACGGAAUGGUCUUCAUCCCAUGUAAUUGAAUGGAUGGCUGCUCUAAAUCUUUACCCUUACGCCGAUGUUUUUCGCUGUAAAGACAUAAAAGGUUCUGAUCUUUAUCAUUUGGAUAAAGAGAAGCUCAUGAACAUGGGCAUAAAAGAUGAAUUUCAUCAGAAGGCCAUUUUGAGCUGCGUUAGUGAACUUUUAAAGCAACAAGAAGACAACAUGACCAGCGAGCAGUUUAAUAAUUCUAGUGAGCAACAACUCUAUUCCCACAAUCUAACACAACAUAGCUUCAGUACUUUGGAACGUUGUGAAAAAUGCAACAAAUAUUUGCGUGGCCUUCUUCAUCAGGGAUUCAUUUGUCAAGAUUGCGGCCUUGUUGCGCAUCGAACUUGUGCAGCUAAUGGUUUGCCAACGUGUUUACCUCCAGUAGAAGAUAGGUCUUUAGGAAUACAAUUUAAAUCUAUUUUUGGGCAAGGACUUUGUACACUGUUUAAUACUACCGAAUCUUCAGCUCCAGAUAUAGUCGUGAAGUGUACGCAGCAACUAGAGACAUUCGCCAAACAAAAUAAUACGUUAGAGCUAUACAAUAUCUACUGUGCAACUCCACCGGCAGAUCAAAUGAACGACUUAGUGCAAAAAUUAAAUAACACACUUAACGUUGACUUUGCAGAAUAUAGUCCUGUUUGCAUUACCGGAGUUCUAAAGAAAUUUUUACGCGAAUUGCCUGAUCCUGUGAUACCUGUCCAGUGGUAUGACAGAUUUUUGGAAGCAUCCAAAGCAAGAAACGAUGAACAAUGUUCAUCAUUAUUAAAUCAUUUAGCCCAAAAUAUUCCCGAGCAUCACCGUACUACUCUUCAUUUUCUUAUGGCACACUUCUGUAGAAUAUGUCAAAUGGAAUACGCCCGAGGAAAUAAAAAUCCCCCCACUCAACUUAUACAAGUUAUGUGCCAUAUUCUUUUGCGACCGCCUUGGGAAAGAAUAAUUCAAGUAGUUUACAACACCCAAGCACACAAUAGAAUUGUAGAACUUCUUCUCUUAUCAUGUGAUUGGAACGAGACUCUUCCUGAAUUUGCUUCAGCUCCUGCAAUACCUCCACGAAAAAUAUCGAAGGUGGGCUCGAGUUUAUAUUCAACGAGCAUGGAUAAAGAUAAAUCUAUUAGUUCAAGUUUACACGAUGCUGAAUGGUAUUGGGGAGAUAUAACACGAGAAGAAGUCAAUGAAAAGUUAAACGAUACCGUCGAUGGUACGUUUUUGGUGAGAGAUGCAUCUAAUAAGGGUGGGGAAUACACAUUAACGCUCAGAAAAGGUGGAGCUAAUAAACUCAUUAAAAUAUGCCAUCGUAAUGGGAAAUACGGUUUUACCGAACCGUACCUGUUCAAUUCAGUCAUCGAUCUAAUAAACCAUUAUCGCCACGAAUCCUUAUCUCAGUAUAACGCUUCCUUGGACAUUAAACUCCUAUAUCCCGCCUCGAAAUACAACCAAGAAGAUGAAAGCGCUUAUACUGAAAAUAUAGAGAAGUUAACAGCAAGUCUACUAGAAGUUAACAAAAGACUGAACGAUAAAAAUAAGCAGUUAGAAACAUAUACGGAGGAUUUCAAUAAGACGUGCAAAGAAGUGCUUAGCAAGAGACAAGCUCUUGAUGCUCUUAGAGAGCUAGUCAAAGUAUUUGUCGAGCAAACUAAGAUGCAAGAGGCGUUUCAAAAGGAAGCUCAGCCGCAUGAAGUUAAGAACCUUAUCGAUAACGCGGAAGUUCUUAAACAGAGAUUGAAAGCUAUGGAGGAAAGUUGUGAACAAUUGGAUGAAAAUUUGCAACAGCGCGAAGCGUACAAUCGAUCUUUAGAACGAGAACUGACAUCACUCAAACCUGUUAUUCGUGAUUUGAUAAAGGAACGCGAAAAAUAUCAACGGUGGCUUGUGCAACGAGGGGUUAAACAGAGUCGUAUACUGCAGCUUUUAAACAGCGAAGAGGAAAGCGAUGGAACAGACCUAAUGGAAGAGUGUGAUAUAGAAAAUCUACCACACAACGAUGAAAGUACGUGGCUGUUAUUGGAUUGUUCUCGUUUAAAAGCGACGGAAUUGUUGACGGGUAAACCGGACGGAACUUUUUUAAUUCGUAUUUCUUAUACUCAGAAAAACCAGUACGCCCUUUCAAUAACGUGCAAUGGUACGGUUAACCAUUGUAUAAUACAGAAAACUGUAAGAGGAUUGGGAUUUUCAGAACCGUACAACAUAUACAGUUCCUUGAAAUCUUUAGUGUUACAUUAUGCUCAAAAUUCGUUAGAAAUUCAUAACGAUUCGUUAAAUACUACUUUGAGGUAUCCGAUUAAAGUAGUCAGUAACUCCAAUGAUUCGAACAGAGCGUAUAGUUAAAUAUAAGAUUAAAUUGUGAUGGUAAAUCUUAAGGACAUGUUUUUUAAAUUUUUUUAUGUGAUCACAGACUUUUAUUUAAUUGACUGAGAAUUCAUCAAGUGGCGUAAUUAUGUGGUUAUACUUUUAAAACAAUUUCAUCUCAUAAACACCAUGCAACUGACUGUGAUAGUGUAAUGAACGAAGGUUUUCCGCCAAUAGUGAAAAGUCUUUGUGUUAGUGACAAAAAGGAAACGAAAAUGGAGUUACCCACAACUUGUACUACUACUAUUACUACUACUUCUACUACUUCUAUUAUUACUACUACUACUGCUGCUGUUGCUGCUCCUACUUAAUACAGAAUACGAUGCAUUUUUUAUAUCUUUGUGUGUAACGUUAAAAAGCUGUUUUAGUGUUGUUAGCAUAUGAAAAAUAUACAUGAAGAAAAUGUCAGAAAAUCGAAGUCACUGUUUCGUGAUCCUUUUAAAAAAAGUUGCCUUUGAUGUCCUUUCGGCUUAUUUUCUCCUUAACUUCAAAUAACAAUGAAAGCGAUGUUUUUAAAGUGUGUUUAUAAAAAUGUAUUAGUAACUGGUAAUCGUAAAUAAUUUGAAUAAGGAAAACAUAAACAAAAUAAUGGAUUUAUGAUAUUCUAAUCACAUACUGAAAUAAGAAGAAGAAAAGGAGAAAGAUGCUGACAUUACUUUGCAAAGUAGAUAAAAAAUGUGCGUGUUACGCACAAGAUGAGUGAUUGAGUUGACACUUAAUCGUCCUGUCACAUCUGCUUGUGAUGUAGACAUUUCUGUGCAAAAGUAACCAAAUUUGAGAUGAUUUUCGGAUAUAUGUCUGUCUGUUAUGGAAAGAAAGUGUGAGUUCUGGGUAUUAUAUUUUAGUACUGAUUGGAAUUUUUUUCAUUCAAAGUCUUGCGAUGUAAUGAAAUGAAAGUUGAGAAUAUGAUGAAGUAAGGUAUCUUCCGUCGAACCUAAUAUAUGCAGUUGUCACAAAUUGGCUUUAUUUAUAUAUGAGUACAAAUGUAUUUUAUAGAGUUUUUAUUAUAAUAUAAUGAUGAAUUAUAAUAAUAUAUUAUUUGCAAGUACCUAAAUUUGUUUGUGAUAAAAUUUGUGUACUUAGAUGUCAUCUUCACAAUGAGGUGUACUUUUAAUUAUUAAAAAAGAAAAUGUUAUAAAUAUAUUUCAUUUUAUGAUUUUUUUAAGUCAAAAAACCCAGCGCUCGGUUGUAACUUAACGGACGUACUUUUUGUUUUUAUGAAAGUACUGUGUUGUCUCAAAACGAUUUUCUUGUAGAUGUUUGUAUUUGCUUCUAUUUACAAUGGCUAUUUCGAUUGAAUGUUUAAAACAUCCUACUAGUUAUCAGUAAGUUUCAAAUUGUGAUAGUUUUAUA